GACGACAGUUUCACACUCCUUGCCAUAAAUCGUUGUCAGUCGGUCAUAGCAGUAUCUUCUUGAAGUUCUAUCUUCAACGUUUCUGUCUGUAAUUGACUUAAAUCCAAUUGAGAUAGAGAGAAGAGAGACGCAAAUCGUAGAAGAUGAAUUUCAGGAUCCAAAGGGCAUCCGCUUCACUUGUUCCUCGCUUCUGCUGCGCCAUCUUCCUCUUCAUGUCGCUCUUAUUUCAGAAAUCCACAGCUCAAAAUGCUACUCUGGACCCAUCUGAAGUGGAAGUGUUGAACUCUUUAUUCAAACAAUGGAACAUGCAAUCAACGACCUUCUGGAACAUGAGUGGGGAGCCAUGUCGUGGAUCGGCCAUUAACGAGACCCAAUUCUAUGACGAGGUGAAUAAACAAGCUAUCAUGUGUAAUUGUACUUACAAUGAUAACACCACCUGCCAUAUCACUCAUUUGAAAGUACUAUCUCUAAACAAAACGGGAGAAAUUCCAGAGGAGCUCACUACUUUGACUUAUCUCAUGGUUUUGAGACUUGAUAAAAAUUACUUCACAGGUCCUUUGCCUUCAUUUAUUGCAAAUUUAUCUCAGAUGCAAUACUUGUCAUUGGGCCAUAAUGGGUUAUCUGGGAGCAUUCCAAAGGAGCUUGGAAAUCUUAAAGAUCUAAUAAUGUUGUCAUUGGGCCAUAAUGGGUUAUCUGGGAGCAUUCCAAAGGAGCUUGGAAAUCUUAAAGAUCUAAUAAUGUUUCGAGAUACUGUGAUAGAAAUGUUGAUUGCUGACAAGUAUAUUCAAUUCCAGAUUUCAGAUUUGAUUCUAGUUGACCCUUUUUUUGAGGGAUUGGUUUCUAGUUCUAGUGCACCACCAGUUAUUCCUUCUACCAUGACAAUUCAACAUGAUAAUGUGCAUGUCCAGAUGACUUCUAACAAACUUGAUGGAAUGAACUACUCUGGAUGGUCCCAGUUUGUGAAGUUGUAUGUUACAGGAAAGGGGAAAUUGAGAUAUUUGAUUGGAGGGAAGAGACAACCAGCUAUUUCUGAUUCUUUUUCUCUACUUGGCUGGAGGAGAAUGCCAUGUUGA